AUGGCUACGCCCGACUCUCCCAUCGUUGAAAUCAUCAACAAGGCUCUUACGACAGCUGGUUUGAAUGUUAUAUCCUGGAAUAAAGCCUACUGUCUACUUCCGAUUCCAACCGUGGUAUCUCACAAGUUCUACCCUAUCAAACCCUUCGACGAUGCCCUUGGCAAAUCACUUCGCGAACGGGCCAAACGAGGUUGGACGACAAGGGACAUGCUUUGGCCUGAUUUGACAACUCAACUCAUUUCUCGCAAGGAAUGUCGUCAAAUUGGCGGACCAAGCUCUCUAGUUAUAAAACUUGGAAAUGAACCGCCAGGAGACUACACUCCUGACUACGUCCUCGAGGGGAGCGUCUAUUCUUUGAUAUGGAAGUCGACGGAUACUGGUCGGCGCUUAUGUGUUACGAUGCAGCCUGGGCCUGUUUCCCAUUCACUUCGUUAUGCAUACGCAAAUGGCGAAGUCGGUCAUGGCUGCAAAGACUGGGAAAGAUUCUUGCGUGACCGAUUAGACCGUUGGACUUAUGUCGAGAUAGCCAAGUUGGAUCCUGAGGAGCAGCCACAAGGGUUCUACCAUAUGGCCCCAGGGAACUAUCGCGUCCGUAUCCCUGCCGGGUACCAACUGCCAGAAACGUGGGACUAUGCAGACGACCAGAUCAUUCCGUGGUUUCAAGAAUGGGAGAAAACUUACUCAAUGUGUAACGAGUACUAUAGAGGAUGA